AUUUUCAUUCUGUUUUAUUCUGAAAUACUAUUUAUCGCGAUAAUUAACAAUUAUUGCAAUUUUAUUCCAUUUGAAAAUCUCAAAGAAAUAAAAGACCGAUUAAAGUAAAGACGUAGGUGCGGAUUUGCUAGAAUUUUUACUCGAACCUACUCAUCGUAAUUUAUUAAUUCCUUUUCAAACGUAUUUAACUAGUUCUCAUAAUGAUACUCAGGAAGAAAUAAUUUAACAUAUAAUAUAAAAUGAACAUAUUUUUAAGAAACUUGGCUUUAAUGAUACCAUCUAUGUUGAUGGUAUCGAGUAUUGAUUAUGGCCACGUUCAUCCCGAUGAAGCUCGACCAAUGCCUCCAGAACUGGCUAUAAUGUUCGUCAACAAGUCAGACGUACAUUUAGAAAUGGAAGAAUGUAUGAGAGACUACGUCCAAUGUAUGGGAACUAAUGCAUUUAGAGAUAUACAAAUCUGUGCAAGCAAUAAAUUUGGACAAAUGCAAACGUUUCAAACAAUGUGCGACAUGUUUUAUGAAAAUUGUAAAGGCUCACCAACCUGGGGCUACUAUCAAGAUAAUGAAUGUUGAACCAAACCGAUAAAAUGUUUCGAGCGCAGUUAUAUCAAAACUAACUUUUUGUUAGUGAUUUCACGCCACAGGGACUGUAUUUUUGGACUAUUUAAAUUAUUGUCAUUAAAAAUAAUAAGAUUAUUAAUAAUUAACAAUCAUUUAGAAGCACUUAAAGACAUGAGAUAGUCUGAAAACAAAGGCUUAUCUGUUGAGUAACAGUCUUCACCUACAUUCAGACACUUAUAGUAGCACACGAUAGCAAGAAAUAAAUUCGUAAUUUGUAUACAUAAAUUGAUUUAUUGAUAGCAAAUUUCAUAGCCUAUAAUUUUUUUUGAUAGUUUUAUAUUUUAGAUAUUACCGCGAUACCACUUAGAAAUUGAGUUAUACUCACAAGGCCUAAUAAACCCUUUACACAAAAGCAAGAUUCAACAACAAUUGCGUCACCACGUUGAUAAGUAAUUUUUGAUCAACCUCGGUGGAAUUUCCAAAAUCCUCGACAUCAAAAGAAUUGUAGUUAUCCUACUGUCCUUAACUACAUAAAUAUAGUGAAAUGAGCCACAGUUAUUAUAUAAAUAAGUGAAUAGCUUUUCCUCUGUGUGUUUAUUUUUAUCCCGCUAAUUAUAGAAACUUCCAGAUGGUAAAUGCUACACCUGCCGAUAAACAAUAAAUAAUAGAGGCACACAGAUGCAUAACUAUUUAUAUAUUGCUGCUGAGGUCUGUAUUUUGAAACAAUAAAUUAAUAAUAAGGGUCACGUAACUCCUUGCCAACAUUUAGUUCAUCUUUGUGGAUGUCAACAGAUGACUUCCGUUACUGGUGGCCCUGAUGGCUGUAACUACGACAUUGUCCUACUGGACCACUCUUUAGUAACCCCAGUCCAUCCCUGGCACUGGACUUUGUCAGACUGGCAAAACUAUAGCAAUUUAAACAGACGAAAUGCAUGUGCGACCUUUUAUUUCGACACUAAAUUUCAUACAUAUUAAAUCAGCUCUUUUUUCUGUUUUUUUAAACUAGUUACAUUUUUUCGUAAAAGAAUAUCGCUUACCUCAAUUAGCCUUCCAACCUCUAUAAGACAAAUGUAGUUUAAAAUAAGUAUGCAUUAAAUGUGUUUGACCGCAAUUUUAUCUUAUAAGUAUCCCUUGUGGCUAUGUGCUGGAUAUAUUGAAAGUUAAAAGUCGAUAAGCUGACUAACUUUCGGGUUUAUAUUAUUAGUGAAGUUGUUUACCGAUUAGUUUAUGGCAAUGGACAACUAAAAU